AUGGCGGAGCGACUUACUCACAAAAGGAGAGUGAGAGGUGGCCAUAGAGGCUCUGUCAAGAAGAUGGUGAGUGAACUGGAAGAGUUUUUAGCUUCAAUAGAAGAGCGUGACUCGUUGACGGUGUCAGCGAGACUGAAUCAGUUAAAGAGAAGUAUGGAAGAGAAGCUAGAGACUAUCACAAUACUUGAUGCUGAAAUACUAGCCCUGAUUGAAGAAGAAGAUGAGCUUGCUAGAGAGAUAGAAGAGGCGGAUGCUUUUAAGGCCAGCAUGUAUAUGGCAUUAGCCAUGAUUACUGAGAAGUUAGCAGUUGAGUCCAGUGCUGGGGCAAGCCCUCCUGCUGUGACUCCAAGAGUUAGUAGUAGUUCUAGUCAAGCAAAAUUGCCAAAACUAACACUACGUCCCUUUAAUGGGGAUGUGACUCAGUGGUUGACAUUUUGGGACUCAUUUAAGUCUGCAGUCCAUGAAAAUGAUGCUAUAUCUGAUAUAGACAAGUUUAAUUAUCUAAGGUCAUUAGUAGAAAGGUCAGCCAAAGAAGCCAUAUCUGGAUUAACACUUAGCUCUGCUAAUUAUAGAGAGGCCAUAGCAAUUCUGCAGAAGAGAUUUGGCAAUAAGAAGCAAAUAAUUAAUAAGCAUAUGGAUGCCUUACUCAGUGUAGAGGCAGUUACUUCUCAAUAUAAUGUGAAAGGCCUUAGAAGGCUUUAUGAUCAGUUGGAAACUCACAUUCGUGGGUUAAAGGCACUUGGGGUUGAUUCUGAAUCAUAUGGAAGCUUGCUGUCCUCUGUUCUUGUUAAGAAACUGCCUACUGAAAUGCAGUUACUUAUUAGCCGCCAGUUAUCAAGUGAUGACUGGACGCUAGUGUCUCUUAUGGAGACUCUAGUGAAGGAGAUAGAGGCUAGAGAGAGGACCGCAGCGGCCAAUCAACCCCACGGGAAAACUCAUAGAGAACAGCCAACUUCCGCUGCGCUGUACACAGGAGAUCGUGUCAUAACAUGCUGUUACUGUCAACAUAACCAUAGCCAUAAUUUGUGUCCCAAGGUAACCUCACCAGAAUCACGGAAGCAACUUUUGAGAAAGGCUGGUAGAUGUUUUGUUUGUCUCAAAAGAGGUCAUGUCAGUGUAGCAUGUCGAUCUAGCAUUAAAUGUAGUAAGUGUGGUAACAGACAUCACAUUAGUAUAUGCCCGAGAAACGACUCUGAUAAGCAUGCGCAACAGCCUCUAGAAGGGAAGUCUUCUGGCACCAGUUCUGGUCUCAAUCCUGAAGCAAGAGAGUUUAAUACUCAGAGCACAGCUACAUGCCUAGCAGAGAACACAGCUUUAUUAACCGGUAAUGAGACUAUUAUGUUACAGACUGCCCAAGCCACAGUUUAUAAUAUUAGAGAGCCUGAGCAUCGGGCAAGAGUACGUAUCAUUUUAGAUAGUGGCAGUCAGAGAUCAUAUGUGACAGACAGAGUGAAAACCGCUUUGAGACUUGCCAGUAAAGGCAAGAGAACAAUGUCCAUUGCUACCUUUGGGUCCGCAAGGGGCAGUUGUAAAACAUGUGAGAUUGUAGAGAUUGGAAUGGAAGUUUGUGAUGGAUCAGUAUUGAAGUUGCGUUUAUUUGUAGUGCCUAUUAUAUGUGAGCCACUUUCUGGCAAGACAGCACAGCUUAGCCUUGAUCACUUAGAUCAUUUAUCUUCAUUGAAUCUUGCUGACCCUUUCUAUGGAGAAGAGAGGGAAAUUGAUAUAUUAGUUGGAGCGGAUUAUUAUUGGAGCCUAGCUACUGGUAGGAUAAGGCGUGGGUAUGGUGGUCCCAUAGCUAUGGAAACUAGGAUAGGUUGGGUACUUUCAGGACCAGCCACUUUGGUAUAUGGUCAGGAUGACUCAGCUACUCUCAUUACUCACACUCUUCAGGUGAGUGGGUUGAAGAGUCUUGAUGAACAAUUGAGAUCCUUCUGGGAAAUCGAAUCUCUUGGAAUAUUGGAGGAUGAUGUCGUAACAGUCAAUGACUUUGAGAGGAAUAUAUCGUUUCAUGAUGGCAGAUACGAAGUUCCACUCCCAUGGAAGGUCUCACAACUCGAAUUGCCGGAUAAUUAUCGCUUAUGUUAUAAUAGAUUGAUGAGCUUACUUCAUCGCUUGAGACGGAAUCCGGAUAUAAUAAGAGAAUAUGAUGCAGUCAUUAAAGACCAGAUAGACAAGGGUAUAGUUGAAAUUGUCAGCAAUCCAGAGCAGUCAGAAACUGACAAUACACAUUAUCUACCACACCAUGCCGUUCUUCGCCAAGACAAGGAGACAACAAAGCUCAGAAUAGUUUAUGAUGCUUCGGCAAAAGAAGAUGGCUUCUCCUUGAAUGAUUGCUUAUAUACCGGACCUAAGUUUGAUCAGAAUAUUUUAGACAUCUUAUUGAGGUUCAGGCUGUAUCACACUGCAUUAAUAGCCGACGUAGAGAAGAUCUUGAGAAAGAUCCUCCUGAUAUUCAAGUACUUCGCUUUGCAAGAGUAG